CUGCAAUGGUCAGCUACACGUGGAACUUAUGGAUACUCACAUUGCACGUCGUUCAGCUACAGUAUUUAGCUUGAUCGCAUCGUGAAACCACCAUAUCCACAACUUCCAGAACAUCAACCAGUCGCAAAAUUCUUAGUAGCAAGAGCGAUCCCAACCAUGGCCUUCGUGCAAGAAGCAUUCUUCGACCCCAACGUCCCCCUCAAAAUCCGUCAAGAAGCCCUAGACCGCGCCUUCGCCGACCCAGGCCUCCCAGCACCCCGAGGCAUGCCCUCAUUCUGGCUGCAAGAGCCCCCAUUCCUCGAGCUGGCAACAGCGCAAUCCGCCUCUCUCGCCCCAGAAGCAGAGGUCGUGAUUAUCGGCUCAGGGAUCACCGGGACCUCCAUCGCCAGAACUCUACUAGCGAAUGCGUCCACCAGGAAGAGCUCUUCCGCUGUGACACGACCAGCAGUCGUCAUGCUCGACAGCCGCGAGGCCUGCCACGGCGCAACCGGGCGAAACGGAGGCCACAUCCUGGAGACAGCGGAGGAGUUCAGCUACUUCGAGGCGACGUACGGCGUGGAAGCGGCGAUCAAGACGAUGCGAUUCCGGCUCGCACAUCUCACCGAGCUUCUGCGCGUCGCGGAAGAGUAUGGGGUAAGCGAGAUAGCCCAAGCGCGGCGGGUAGAGUUCCUCAGCGUCCAUUUCGACGAAGCCAAAUGGGCAGAGACGGUCCGUUCUAUCCGGCGCCUUAAAGAGUGCAUGCCCGCCGAGACGGCGGAAUGGAAGAUCUUCGAGAAGGAUGCGAUUCCGAAGGAAUUCCACCUCGCCCCCCACGCCCGAGGCAUCAUUGCCGGCCCAGCCGGCGCAAUGUGGCCCUACCGCUUCGUCACAGGCAUGCUCGCGCGUCUAUGCGAACAACAUUCCAACGACCUCCUGAUCGAGACCAGGACCCCCGUCACGGAGAUUCACGCGCACGCAGCCACGGACGCAGGCCUGAGAUACGCGGUAACCACCCCACGGGGCACAAUCCGCGCGCGCCAUGUCGUCCACUGCACGAACGCGCACGUCGGUCACCUGGUGCCCGGACUGCGCGGCCGCAUCUACCCCAUCCAGGGGACCAUGACGGCGCAGAAGCCCGGACGCGACUUCCCGCCGCAGGGCACCCGGCAUUCGUGGCUGUUCAACUACGAGCGCGGCUUCGAUUACCUGACCCAAUUACCCGCUGCUGGGGCAGCGGCAUCUGAGACAGCGAAUAAGAUGAUGUUGGGCGGUGGGUUUGCGCAGCAUGAGGAUCGAGGGGUUUUGGCGCUGGGAGUCGCGUCGGAUGAGAGGGUACCCGCUGAUACGCUGGGGCAUUUGCGUGGAGCGCUCCGCAGGGUCUUCGACUGGGAGAACUGGGGCGAUGAGGCUAUAGACGGUGGUGAUGGUGGGAUUGAGGCCGCCUGGACGGGGAAUAUGGGCUUCAGCGCGGAUGGGUAUCCGUGGAUUGGUAGGCUGCCGGUCUCUGCUACUAGCCGUGGAGAAAAUGAGGUGAUUGGGGAUGUUCAUGGCGCCGAGUGGCUAUCGUGUGCGUUCUCAGGCGAAGGCAUGGUGCAGGCUUGGUUGUGUGGGAAAGCGGUGGGCUUGAUGGUGUUGGCGCACGAUGGCAGACUGGCUGGGGAGCAGACGGAUCUCUCUUGGGUUCCGGAGCAGAUGUUGGUGACUGAGGAGCGGAUCAAGAGGUCGGUGUUGCCUCGUCGGGUCCCUAAUCAUCGCCCGUCUCAAUUGUAA